UCAACCUUUCAUCAAAAUUUUACAAAUUUACCAUUUCGUAUUUUAUCGCAAUUGGCACGAUAAAGUACAAUAAAAUAGCUCAUAUCUCACUUACUUUUAAAUAAAAUAUAGAAAAUGGCUGGCGCAGUCGCUAAAAUACCAGUAUUGAUCAAUACUGCAAUUGCGGAUUUUAGACCAAAGUUCGCCAUUUUCCUGAAAUACGCCAAAGUUGAACUAGCCCCACCCAAGGUCAGCGAAAUUCCACAAAUCAGAGCCGGCAUUGCUAAGUUAUUGUCGAGUGCCAAGUCCGGAGCAUGGAAACAACAGACCGUCAAGCAGGCAACACUUAACACACUGGUCGGAGCUGAAGUUCUUUUCUGGUUCUACAUCGGAGAAUGUAUUGGAAAGCGUCACUUUGUUGGUUAUGAUGUUUAAGAAUGUUAAGUCUCAGUGUAGUAAUGUGCAGUAAAUAAAUUAUUAAAUAAUCUA